ACGUAAAUUUAUCUUACGGUGUUGCACGAUAUUCUCUUGGUGUUACCCUAAUCUCCUCUCUUCUACACAUAACAGCCGUAAUCAAACCAAAUACCAUCCAUCUCUCUCCUUAUCUCUUCACCCUCACGACGUCAAUCAUGUGUUCUUCCCUGGACAACCAAUGCUUUGGAAAUCCUCUACCCAUGGCCUCGUUUCUAAAUGUCUCUUUCUCUGAUUGUCGAUGUUGUGCUACAUCUACGCCAUGGAAUCAUCGGUUCAGGUUGGUGCCGACACCCGCUUCUUUUGUAAACACCGCUAUCUCCUCUCUCUACCAGAAACCCUAACCAUAACCCUAAUUUGCCGUCAACAUCACACACCAUUCAGCGUCUCCACCAUCGCCACCUGACUCCGGCAACAUUACACACCAGCAGCACACCGCCACCUGUCUCCACCAAACCUCGGCCUCGCAAUCCCACCACAAUCCAUCUCUAUUUCUGUCUCUCUAUACUCCCUUCAUCCAAAGAUGCAAUCGUAUACUCAAAUUUCUCAAAAUCUGGACAACAAACAAUGGGGGUUUUCACUACCCACUUCAAAAUCAGAAAAAUCGUCCCUUUAUUGACUUUAUUACAGUUAUCCAAGAACUCCACUAUUGAUCCUUCCCUCCUUCAAUCGCUGAGUGAUUCAUCUCACGUUCUUCUAUCAUCAAUAGCGAACAAAUGACGAUGAAAUGUGUGUGGAUGAAUUUGUCUAAUUAUAGUGUUGUACAUGCCUUUGAUGUUCAUAGUGAGAAUGAGCGUCUUGCAGCAAAAGAACGUGAUGAGUUUGUCAAAAUUUUGCAGCAAGCCCAGAGUGAGGCUGCAGUUGCAUUUAGAAAUGAUGGUGUUUAUUUGGAAAAAUACAUCCAAAAUACAAGGCACAUUGAGUUCCAGUUCUUGCAGAUAAAUAAGGAAAUUUUCUUCCCUUUGGAGAGCGUGACUGCAAUAUUUAGAGGAGGAACCAGAAGUUGCUUGAAGAAGCACCCCCACCUGCAUUCACCCCAGAGCUAAUGAAAGCCAUGGGUGAUGCAGCAGCAACAUCAAUUGGGUACAUUGGUGGAGUUUCUUUUUGAUGAAAGGGGUCAAUUUUACUUCAUGGAAAUGAACACCAGAAUCCAGGUCAUGCGAUUAAGGUGGGGACACCCGAGGAAAAUGUUAAUCUUUUUUUUGAGGUUGCUAAAGGGCUUAGCUAUUAAAAACAGAGGGUUUUGUAUUUAGAUAUUUAGACGACUGAAAUUCCAUUGUGUAUUUUUUUCAUUGCUUCCUUCCAUUUCAGACUACUUUUCUGUUUAGUCCAUUUCACUGUUUGUUUGUUUGUUUUUUUUUUUGUCUUGCUUUAAAAUAAAAAAGGGACAAACUUAGCUUACUUUA